AUGCAGCACCCCAACGAGGGCGCACUGGUGCUCGGCCUGCACAGCAACGUGAAGGACGUCUCCGUGCCCGUGGCUGAGAUCAAGGUCCACUCCCUCUCCAGCCAGCCCAUUGACCACGAGGGCGUCAAAUCCAAGCUCUCGGAUCGCUCCCCCGACAUCGACAACUACUCCGAGGAGGAGGAGGAGAGCUUCUCUUCCGAGCAGGAAGGCAGCGAUGACCCCCUGCAUGGGCAGGACCUGUUCUACGAGGACGAGGACCUCCGCAAAGUGAAGAAAACGCGCAGGAAGCUGACCUCCACCUCCGCCAUCACCAGGCAACCGAACAUCAAGCAGAAAUUUGUGGCCCUCCUGAAGCGGUUCAAAGUCUCCGAUGAGGUGGGCUUCGGGCUGGAGCACGUGUCGCGGGAGCAGAUCCGCGAGGUGGAGGAGGACCUGGACGAGCUGUACGACAGCCUGGAGAUGUACAACCCCAGCGACAGCGGCCCCGAGAUGGAGGAGACCGAGAGCAUCCUGAGCACGCCCAAGCCCAAGCUCAAGCCCUUCUUCGAGGGGAUGUCGCAGUCCAGCUCGCAGACGGAGAUUGGCAGCCUAGGCAAGGGUGCCACCAGCCCGAUGGAAUUGGCCAAAUCGACUUGGAUGAAGAACCCAGAUGACAGCCUGCCAGAAACAGACACUCUGGAGAUCACGGACCAGGACAUGUUCGGAGAUGGCACCACCAGCCUGGCUGUGCCAGAGAAAGUGAAAACCCCCCUGAAGUCCAGCAAGCCUGACCUGCAGGGCUCUGCCUCCCCCAGCAAAGUGGACACGGUGCACACACCCCGGCAGAAGAGGAGCACACCCCUGAAGGAGCGGCAGCUCUCCAAGCCCCUGAGCGAGAGGACCAACAGCUCCGACAGCGAGCGCUCCCCUGACCUGGGCCACAGCACACAGGUUCCCAGGAAGGUGGUGUACGACCAGCUGAAUCAGAUCCUGGUGUCAGAUGCGGCCCUCCCAGAAAACGUCAUCCUGGUGAACACGGCUGACUGGCAGGGCCAGUACGUGGCAGAGCUGCUGCAGGACAAGCGGAAGCCGGUGGUCUGCACCUGCUCCACCGUGGAGGUCCAGGCCGUGCUGUCCGCCCUGCUCACCCGCAUCCAGCGCUACUGCAACUGCAACUCAGCGGUGCCGCGGCCGGUGAAGGUGGCCGCCGUGGGUGGGCAGAGCUACCUGAGCGCCAUCCUCCGCUUCUUUGUCAAGUCGCUGGCCAGCAGGACCUCCGACUGGCUCAGCUACCUGCGCUUCCUCAUCGUGCCCUUGGGCUCCCACCCAGUGGCCAAGUACCUGGGCUCCGUGGACAGCAGAUACAGCAGCACCUUUCUUGACUCUGGCUGGAGAGACCUGUUCAGUCGCUCGGAGCCCCCUGUGGCAGAGCAACUGGACGUGGUGGGGCGGGUGAUGCAGUACGUCAGUGGGGCAAGCGUGACGCACCAGCUGCCCGUGGCUGAGGCCAUGCUGACCUGCAAGCACAAGUUCCCCGACGAAGACUCCUAUCAGAAGUUCAUCCCCUUCAUUGGCGUGGUGAAGGUGGGGCUGGUGGAGGACUCUCCCUCUACCACAGGUGACGGGGACGACUCACCUGUGGUCAGCCUGACUGUGCCCUCCACAUCACCGCCCUCCAGCUCGGGCCUGAGCCGAGAAGCCACGGCCACCCCUCCUUCCUCCCCGUCCAUGAGCAGCGCCCUGGCCGUCAUGGGUAGCCCCAACAGCCCGUACGGGGACGUGAUCGGCCUUCAGGUGGACUACUGGCUGGGCCACCCCGGGGGCGAGCGCAGGCGCGACGGCGACAAGAGGGAUGCCAGCACCAAGAACACCCUCAGGAGCGUCUUCCUCUCGGUGCAGGUGUCCCGCCUGCCCCACGGCGGCGAGGCCCAGCUCUCCGGCACCAUGGCCAUGACGGUUGUCACCAAGGAGAAGAACAAGAAAGUUCCCACCAUCUUCCUGAGCAAGAAGCCCCGGGAGAAGGAGGUGGACUCCAAGAGCCAGGUCAUCGAGGGCAUCAGCCGCCUCAUCUGCUCGGCCAAACAGCAGCAGACUAUGCUCCGAGUGUCCAUCGAUGGGGUCGAGUGGAGCGACAUCAAGUUCUUCCAGCUGGCCGCCCAGUGGCCCACCCACGUCAAGCACUUCCCAGUGGGACUGUUCAGUGGCAGCAAGGCCACCUGAGGGCGCUGUCUUCCGGCCACUCGCCCUCCUGGCACUGCCACCAGCCUCAUGGCCUGCAGGCAGGGGACGAGCAGGCUGGGUCACCACACCUGCCCCCUGAAGGACACUGCCAUGGGGGAUGCCCCGCUGCUGCCCCUCCCCCAGGCCCUGGGCAGGGCCGGUUUGCCUCCAGCUGAGCCCCAUCUGCCCUGGAGUAGAGUCCAGGGCCACCCUCCGGUUCUCUUUCUGCCCGUUCCCCUCCCCCCGCCCCCGUGGCACCAGGCCUCCCAGAAAUAGGCAAGGUGGCUUCCUGAAGCCAGGAGGGGAGUCCACAGCACCACCUGCUGCUGCUCCGCCUCCACCCCCCAGGCUGGGCUGGGGCCCCUCCUGCCUCCCAUGGGGUGGGGUCCGCUGAGCGGCCCACAGCUGGCUGGAGGAGGAAGCACUGCCUGCCCCAGGCUGAGCGAGGGUCCUGUGCUGACUGAUGAGGAACCUGCCGCCCGCCCCGUGUCCUGUGUCCCCGAGUGUGCUCUGCCUGCACUGCCGCCCCUGGUCGUCUGGCUCACCCACUGGCUGGCUCACUGUGUGGUCGCCUGUCUUGUGGCUUCCUCCUGCCCUCUCCACCCCCCUGCCCACGCAGCUCUGCCUGGUCCAGUACC